AUGAAGAGGGUGAAAGCAGUAAGCCUUGACAAAGUUAUUGAAGAUUUCUCCUUGUUAGAGCAGAAAAUAACAGAACUUCAAGGAAAUAACAAUAUAUUGGACAUAAAACUAGAUGAAGCCAGCAGGCUGCUGAAGUUGGGCCAAACUAAAGAGACUUGCAUAAAGGAAGAAUGUGCUACUCUUCGGGCAACAAUAAAAGGACUUCAGGAAACAAUACAAACCCAGUUUGACUUACGAGGUGAGGAGCAUACAUGUCAUGUUGAGAGAAUAAUGAUGGAGAUGAAGGCCAUGCAGCAGGAACAUAAAACUGAGCUUGCUGAGGUUCAAUGUGACAUGAGAAGAAAAUCUGAGAUGAAAGAAACAGAGUUGAAAGAUGCCGUUGUGACAAAAGAGGCUGAAAUUCAGGCAGUGAAAAAGCAGCUGAAGGAUCAAGAAAGGGAGAAACAGAGUGAAAUAAUUAAACUUCAAAUGGAGUUUAAUGCAAAGCUGGUAAGAAUUCAGAGCACCUCAGUGAAAGUCCAGCAUCAAGAUUCCUCCAUCUUAGCACAGAACAUUUUCAAAAGGAAACUGCAGUUUCUGCAAGAUGAGAAGAACAGAGAGAGUGAAGCCUUGCGCAGAACGAUCAAAGAGCUGGAGCAACACCUCAGUAGCCCUCAUGAUUCUCGCCUGAAACGCAGACGGUUUUAAUCCAAGACAUUUAGAAAACAAAAUCAGCUAUAGA